UAAAAAGGGUACCAUUAUCAUCCAUUUUCCCCACUACAAUUCAGCAACACUACGCUUUGAAGUCUUUGGCCCUUUGUUUUUGUUUGUUUUCUUGUUGAGCAAUGGGUCAGGGAAGGGGCAGUGCGGUGGUGGGUGCGGUGAUGGUUUGUAUGCUGCUGCUCCAAUAUUCUCAGGUGGCUCGUGCAGCAGUUUAUACUGUUGGAGGUGCUAAAGGCUGGACCUUUAAUGUUGCCUCCUGGCCUAAGGGAAAGCGCUUCCGAGCUGGCGAUACACUCGUAUUCAACUACAGCCCAGCGGCACACAACGUGGUGGGUGUCAACCGAGUGGGCUACAGCCGGUGCACAACUCCAAGGGGUUCCAAAGUUUUCAAAACAGGAAAGGACCAAAUCAAGCUGGUGAAGGGCCAAAACUUCUUCAUCUGCACACUCCCAGGCCACUGCCAGGCCGGAAUGAAGAUAGCCAUCACUGCCGCUUAAAAACACCGCCAUCUUGCUUGAGAGUCCACCAUUUGGAUCAAAUAUUAAUGGAUUAAGUUACUUAAUUUCAAAUGGGUUUUGGAGAUUAUGCCUUAAUCCUGUUGAAUUUGGUGUCUAAUUUAGACUCUCAUACAAUAAUCCUACUAA